UCUUACUGUGAACCCAACCUUACGCUUGCUAUGAAAUCUAGUAAAAGUUAUUAAUGUACCGGGUUAUAAUAAGCACAAUUUUAUUUUUCAGAUUUCAGCAAGAUUUUAUUUAUUUAUGACCAUGAUCUCAAAACCGUCUCAAGAGCUUAUUUUGUAAACAACUUUACAGAAAAAAGCUACAGUAUUGUUAAAUUAACCUUAAAAAAGGUUAAGUACUUUAAAGACAUUCGUUAAAUACAUUUUAACUUUAAGCUAUUUGAAACAUUUUACAUUGUUGGCUCCAAAUGGAAAAAGAAGAGAUUGGUGGUAUGCCUCCGUGCAUUCGACUUUUGGCACCUUAUUUACCACGAGACAGGAUCCGAAGGAAUCGCUUCAUCGGCAUAUUGACAAUAUGUCUAACUUUCACAGUACACAUCUGCUUUGCCGCAUCUCGCAAGCCUUUAACACUAGUGCAGAUGAAAGUAACUGUAGAAUGCAAUUUGUCCGCAGUUUCAUAUUCAAAUUACUCUUACAUCCCUAAUUGGUGUUCAGGUGGAUGGUGGAAAAAUGCAGAUCGUAGUGUAGAGCAUAUGAUGGGAAAUCUAUUAACAGGGUUUCUUCUUAUUCGUGGAGUAACCUCAUAUGGAAGUGGUAUUAUUGCUGAUAUGAUCAAUCCAAGAUAUUUUCUUUCUGCUGGAUGUUUUCUGACCGGAAGUUUUGCUAUAUUUUUGGGACUAGCUGAAAAAUGGAAUAUUGCUAGUUACGAAUACUUUGGUACAGUAAUGGCUAAUUUUGCCAUUUUUCAGUCAAUGGCUUGGCCAAUUCUUCUGGCUUGUACAAAUAACUGGUACGAUGGUUUUCGCAGAGGACUUUUUUACGGUAUUUGGAACAUCAGUAAUUAUGUAGACAGCGAAAUGGAAUUACCGAGAUGGUUGGAUCCUUCACGUGGUAUUAACUUCAUGCAGGCCGUUAGAAUUCCUGGCGUUAUUGAGUUCAGUUUGUGCUCCUUCUUCUGCGGAGUGACCAGUUACUUUUUUUCUUAUGUGUUUCAUUGCUAUAAUCUUGAAGAUUUGGAAAAAAUCCCAUCUGUGAGUGCAUUUUAUGCAAUGUCUUUUAUCACUGGAGCCAUAACAGGAGGUUUAAUAGUUGGCGUUCUAAAAGAUAUGUUUCAAAAGAGUGCUCUUUUAUGUAUAUGUAUCUUGGUCAUUUCUGUUCCAGUGAUCUAUUUACAACUCUUAUUUCUGAACUGUACUCACGGAGUUUUUGCAGUUAUCCUCCAUUUUGUUCUCGGUCUUUUUGUGGAAGCACCAUACAUUCUAUUAAAAUUAUCUGUUUCUGCAGACUUAGGCACACAUAGAAUGAUAAAGAGGGGUGUUCGUGGAUUGUCGACUGUUGCUGGAAUUGUGGAAGGGGCAGCACUUAUUGGAAGCAGUUUAGCACCUAUAAUUUAUAUUCACGUUGUUAAAUUCAAUUACAGAAAUGCUUUGCUGAUCAUGCCUGCAUUUCAGAUACUUGCUGCUUUAUGUCUUUUGCGUAUGGCCAUUGCAGAUUACAAAAAGAAUAUUGCUCGAGUUUCUCUGUCUGAUUAUCUUAAAACCACGCCUCGCUCUCUCAGUUAUGUUUGACUAUUGAACUGGAAAGACAGAUUUAGAGCAAUGAGGUUCAUUUUGCACUUUUUAUCCUUUGUCAUUAUGUCUAAGAAUAAAACAAAUAAAUACAAA